AUGGCAGCAGAUAGAUGGUCGCGCGCGCGAGACCCGGAAAUUUGCAGCGACGCCGAAGAAACGAAGCGUCGCUCGCCGCCCAUUUCCAGAUGUGGGGAAGGGUGGGUCACGUGGACGCCGCGGCCUGGCGGUUCAGGCCCUCAGCCGCUCAGCGGCCUGAAAGUUCGGCUCGCCCUAUCCGUAUUUGCAAUACGGUGCUGGGGCGCGGGCGGCAAAUUGGCUGGUGGGACAGUUCGGAUCCGUGUUUCAGAAAGUCGGAUUGCAAAGAUCACGGCCCGGUUCCAAAACGAUUCCGACCACGUUCGCUCUCCCGAAUGCAUUUUGGAUCCUCUUCCUCCCUCCUUCGACUUCCUGUCUUGCCUGCGUGACGCUCCCUCUCCUUUCUUUCGGGUCCUUACUUCUCUCCCACUCGUCGCCAUGAGUGCCUCCAAGGCGGAGUCUCAGAAGAUCUUUGAGAAACUCAAACUCAAACCCGCUAACAAGAUAUGCUUUGAUUGCAGUUCCAAGAAUCCCACCUGGUCGUCGGUGCCGUUCGGUAUCUAUCUCUGCUUGGACUGCUCGGCCAACCAUCGUAACCUGGGUGUCCACAUUUCCUUUGUUCGUUCCACGAACCUCGAUCAAUGGCAAUGGGAACAGCUCCGUCUUAUGAAAGUCGGUGGUAACGAGUCCGCCACUAAAUACUUCCAAUCGCAUGGCGGAUCUGCCGCUCUCGCCAGCAAGGACGCCAAGGUCAAGUACACGUGCAAUGCCGCCGUUAAGUACAAGGAUGAAUUGAAGCGUCGGGCCGCGCAAGAUGCUCAACUGUACCCCGAAGAAGUGGAGAUCACCGAUGUCCCCGCGGGCGUUUCGUCCAACGGCUCUAGCACCCCUGCUGCCGACGAGGAUGAUUUCUUCUCCUCGUGGGACAAGCCCUCCAUUAAGCGUCCUAGCAAUCCUCCCUCUCGCACCGGUACCCCUCCGGUUGUCAGCCGCAAUGGCACCCCGUUCCUGAACACCGCUGGCGUUGCCAACGCCAACGGCGCCCGCUCCAAGUCCCCGCUUUCGGCUUCCGAUAAGGACUCUUCACCUGCUCCGGCUGCUAUCCGGGCCAGCGCCUCUGUACGCAAGACUGCGUCGACGGGUCCUGCGAAGAAGGGCAGCGUUCUGGGCGCCAAGAAGGCUCCUAAGCUCGGGGCUAAGAAGGUUGCUGCCGCGGAGACUAUCGAUUUCGACGAGGCGGAGCGAAAAGCCAAGGAGGAGGCAGAGCGCAUCGAGAAACUUGGCUAUGACCCAGAGGCCGAAAAGGCCGAGGCCGAUGCCAAGAACAAGACGGCAAACACAGGAGCCACCGCCAUUGCGUCCCCGACACCGAUCAGUCCGAACAAGGGCGGCUUCGGCGCCACUAAGGGCUCCCAGGAGCAGAACUCCAACGAUGUGGAGCGCCUGGGCAUGGGCAUUGGACGUCUUGGGUUUGGACAAACUGUCGGCGCGAAGCCUGCCGCUCCCAAGAAGCCGGGCUUUGGGUCGGUUGGCCCCACCAGGACGGCUGCUGAUGAUGAGGAGCUUAAGCAAGCCAAGACUCGAUUCGGCACCCAGAAGGGUAUCUCGUCGGACGAAUUCUUUGGACGGGAACGAUUCGAUCCCACUGCGCAGGCGGAGGCGAAGGAUCGCCUGCGAAACUUCGAUGGUGCCACUGCAAUCUCUAGCAAUUCUUACUUUGGCCGACCUGAAGAUGACCUUCCUGCCGGAGAUGACACCUAUGGAGACUUGGAAGGUGCCGCAAAGGACUUUGUUCGCCGCUUUGGCAUCACGGCCGGUGAUGACCUAGAAAACCUCUCGCAGAUCGUGGGGGAUGGAGCCGUCAAACUGCAAGGUGCUAUCCGCAGCUAUUUGAACAGCUAA